CAACUCGAGAUACCCUGUGACUUAGUCAUGCGCAGCCUCCGCAGCUGUGAGAACGGGGCGUUUGCGACGAAGCACGAAGGACCACGCGUGGCCGCAGGGGCUGAGGGGUCAGAGAGCCGUGGGCCGUGCACCCCGGUUCCCCACGGGGCGGCGGGGCCCUCAACAAGCCAGCGAGCGCUGUCGGCUCCACGUCCCUGCACAGGGCGGGGCUACCGCGGUGCUGAGGCAGCCGCCAGCCCACCGCACUCCGGCACACAGUCCUGCUGGGGCGGCCACACCGGCCCGCCCCGCCCCGCCCCGCAGCCACCGUCCCCCCACGCUCCACCCGGACCCAAGCGGGGCCGAGCGGCCCCGGCUCCUCCUCCCGCCGCGGUGGAGGCGGUGCUGGGACGCGGCCGCCGCUGGGCCGGCUCCACUUCCAGAGUGGCAGCGCGGCGGGGCCCUUCGCCAUGGCUGCCGCCCGCCUCCCGCCGGGGAGCUGACAUGGCCCGGCCGAGCAGCGCGCAGCAGCGGUCGGCGGAGGUGGCCGAGGAGCCGCCGGAGAGCUACCAGCUCCGGCAGGAGAACGAGCUCCAGGUGCUGGAGUCCAUUUACGGGCAGGACUUCCAGGAUCUGCGGCAGCACCAGGCCUGGAAGGUGCGGCAGCCUCCUGAAAUUAAUUUAGUGCUGCGUCCUCGGGGAUUGACCAGUGAUAAUGAAGUGUAUGCCAAAGUUGAUCUGUGGGUCAAGUGUCCACAUAGUUACCCUGAUACUGUCCCUGAGAUACAACUAAAAAAUUCAAAAGGCUUGUCAAAUGAGAAAAUAAAUGAGUUAAAAUCUGGACUAGCUGAACUGGCAAAACAGUGCUGUGGAGAGGUGAUGAUAUUUGAACUUGCAGACCAUGUACAGUCAUUUCUCAGUGAGUAUAAUAAACCACCUUCCAAGUCUUUUCAUGAAGAAAUGCUGAAAAACCAUCAAAAAGAAAAAGAAAGACUGGCUCAGGAGGAAUUGCGUAGGGCACAAGAAGCUAAGAGAAGAGAGGAGCAGGAGCAACGUGAAAUCCUCAAAGAGAUUCAGAGAAGGGAGGAAGAGAAAAGAGAAGAAAGAAAAAAGAAAGAGAUUGCUAAACAGGAACGUUUGGAAAUAGCUGCUCUGGCAAGUCGAGAAAAUUCUCACAAGAGAGAUACAGCAGGAUGUAGAGUAGCUUCCAGUUCAAAUGGAAGUGGUUUGGAACAUGGAGUGAAUAAUAAACACCGACCAAAUUCAGCUGGACGUUCAAAGGACUGCAACAAUACUGUCUUUCUGAGUUGGAGAAAAAUGUUGUGUUCAUGUUGCAGACGAGAACGCCAGCUUUCUGUUAGUAAUAAUGAAGAGUCCCCUGGAAAUCAUGAAGUUUUGAACUUCAGCACAAGUGGUACUGGGCAACUUAUGGUCCAUAAAGGAAAAUGUCUAGGCAAGGAUGAACAACUGGGUAAAUCAGUCUACAAUGCCUUGGAAAGUCGCAGUGGAGACUUUGUUUUAAUAUAUGAGUGGGUUCUGCACUGGCAAAAAAAGAUGGGAAGGUUUCUUACAUCGCAUGAAUUAGAAAAGAUUGAGAAGUGUAAGAAACAGCUUCAGGGUGCAGAAACAGAGUUCAGCUCACUGACGAAGCUAAGUCACCCAAACAUAGUGCAUUAUAAAAGUAUGAACCUUAAAGAACGGAACGAUUCCAUUGUGGUGGACAUUUUAGUGGAGCACAUAAAUGGUUUCAGCCUUUCUACUUACUUACACAAAGAGACUCCAGUUCCAGUUGAGCAGUUGCGCCAUUAUGUGACCCAGAUCUUGUCAGCUCUUGACUACUUGCAUAGUAAUUCAGUAGUGCACAAAGUUCUUUGUGCUGCCAGUAUCUUGGUAGAUGCUGAAGGAAACAUCAAGGUGACAGACUACAGCAUUUCCAAGCGCUUAGCUGAUAUCUGCAAAGCAGAUGUUUUUGAGCAAACUAAAGUGCGUUUUAGUGAGGAUGGUCUUCCGAGCAAACCUGGAAAAAAAGGAGAUGUGUGGAGUCUGGGCUUGCUUCUGCUUUCACUCAGCCAGGGCCAAGUAACCAAGGAGUAUCCAGUUGCUGUUCCUACCAGUUUACCUGCUGACUUCCAAGACUUUCUGGAAAAAUGCGUUUGCUUAGAAGACAAGGAAAGAUGGACUCCUCAGCAGCUGUUACAACAUAGUUUUAUAAACAUUCCACGAAUGAAAAUGCCUGUAGCUGAAGAAAAUCUAGAUGAUUCAGCAGAUAUAGAUUGCAUCGAGACAGUUGUACCAAGCAGUCAAAUAUCCAGCGCCUCAUUCUUCACAGAAACACAGAGACAAUUUUCACGCUACUACAAUGAGUUUGAAGAGCUAAAAUUGCUUGGCAAAGGAGCUUUUGGAGCAGUCAUCAAGGUGAGAAAUAAGCUUGAUGGUUGCUAUUAUGCUGUGAAACGUAUUCAUAUAAACCCUGCCAGCAAGCAAUUUCGGAGGAUUAAGGGGGAAGUAACAUUACUCUCCCGGUUGAACCAUGAGAAUAUUGUGAGGUACUACAAUGCCUGGAUAGAAAAACAUGAAAGCCCUGUCCCCGCUGUGUCGUCUGAAACAACUGAAGAGAGAAGAACAGAAACCAAAGGCGGUCCCUUCAUCCUUGCCACUGAGGAGACAAAUGAUGUGGAAGCCAAUGCUCCUCCUCCAGUUUUGACAAGUUCAGUUGAGUGGAGUACUUCAUGUGAAAGAUCCUCCAGCAACAAAUUCAGUGGAGCUGAUCAGGAGUCCAGUGAUGAUGACGACGAUGAAGGUGAUGGGGUGUUCUCACAUUCAUUUCUACCAACCACAGACUCUGAAAGUGAAAUAAUUUUUGAAAAUGAGGAUGAAAACAGUAAAGGCGAUCCCCCAGUAAGUAUAAAGGAUGAAGAAGGCAGUGAAAAGAAUGGCCACGGAGGAGAAAACGAGACACCAGUCAUUCAGACAGUGCAUUACCUGUACAUCCAGAUGGAGUAUUGUGAAAAGAGCACAUUAAGGGAUACUAUUGACCAAGGAUUAUAUGAGGACACCAGUCGGCUUUGGAGGCUUUUCCGAGAGAUUUUAGAUGGGUUAGCUUACAUCCAUGAAAAGGGAAUGAUCCACAGAGACUUGAAACCUGUGAACAUUUUUUUAGAUUCAGAUGAUCAUGUCAAAAUUGGUGACUUUGGUUUAGCUACAGAUCAUCCAGCAAAUGCAGUGAUCUCUAAACAAGAAGAAAAUCAUUCAGAUAGUUCUGUUAUGUCUGAUCCAUCAGGUAAUUUGACAGGGAUGGUUGGCACUGCGCUGUACGUCAGCCCGGAGGUCCAAGGAAGCACAAAGUCUACAUACAAUCAGAAAGUAGACCUGUUCAGUCUGGGUAUAAUAUUCUUUGAAAUGUCUUACCAUCCCAUGAGUACUGCAUCAGAAAGGAUCUUUGUUCUCAGUCAGUUAAGACUGCCCACUAUUGUAUUUCCUAAAGACUUUGAUGAAGUCAAACAUGCAAAGCAGAGAUCAGUUAUUACAUGGCUCCUGAACCAUGAUCCUGCAGCACGACCAACAGCUGUGGAGCUGUUAAAAAGUGAACAUCUUCCACCACCCCAGAUGGAAGAGUCUGAACUUCAUGAAGUACUCCACCAUACCUUGGCAAAUGUGGAUGGAAAGGCCUACCGGACUAUGAUGAGUCAGAUAUUUUCACAGCGUGUAUCUCCAGCUAUAGACUAUACCUAUGACAGUGAUAUGCUGAAGGGUAGUUUUUCUAUUUGGGCAGCCAAGAUACAGCAGCAUGUGUGUGAGAUUGUCAGCCGGAUAUUUAAAAGACACGGAGCCGUCAAGCUGCAUACUCCACUGCUGAUGCCCAGAAAUAAGAAAUUGUAUGAACAUAAUGAAGCUUCAUAUUUCAUGGAUCACAGUGGGAUGCUGGUGAUGCUUCCUUAUGACCUCAGGAUUCCUUUUGCAAGAUUUGUAGCUAGAAAUAACAUAUCAAACUUGAAAAGGUACUGUAUACAGAGAGUUUUCCGACCUCGGAAGUUAGACCGCUGUCAUCCCAAAGAACUCCUAGAAUGUGCGUUUGACAUCAUUACAUCUACUGGAAAUAGCUUUUUGCCUAUAGCAGAAACAAUUUAUGCCAUUUCAGAAAUCAUUCAAGAGUUUUCAGUCUUACAGGAAAGAAAUUAUAGUAUUUACUUGAACCACACGGCCUUACUGAAAGCUAUACUUUUGCACUGUGGGAUACCAGAGGAUAAACUCAAUCAAGUUUACAUCAUUCUGUAUGAUGCUGUGACUGAAAAGCUAACUAAAAGAGAAGUAGAAGCCAAAUUCUGUAAUCUUUCUCUCACAUCAAAUAGUCUUUCUCGACUCUACAGAUUCAUUGAGCAGAAGGGAGAAGCAAGUAAUGUGUUUCCAUUUUUAAACACAAUGAUAAAACAAAAGCCAGGUGUCACUCAGCUGCUGAAGCAUGGCAUGAAGGAUUUAGAGGAAAUCAUUGGUCUGUUAAAGCAACUUGGAAUAAAACUUCAGGUUUCUAUAAAUCUGGGACUAGUUUACAAAAUACAGCAGCACAAUGGUAUUAUCUUUCAGUUUAUAGCAUACAUCAAAAGAAGACAAAGAACUGUGCCUGAAAUUCUUGCUGCAGGGGGCAGAUAUGAUCAUCUGAUUCCACAAUUUAGAGGGCCACAGACAGUAGGACCAGUUCCUUCAGCUGUUGGAGUCAGCAUAGCUAUAGAUAAAAUAACUGCUGCUGUUUCCGGUGUGGAAGAUUCUGUUUCUGUCAGCUCAUGUGACCUGCUGGUUGUAAGCGUUGGUCAGAUGUCAAUGGGUAGAGCUAUCAAUAUUGUUCAGAAACUCUGGACUGCAGGAAUUCCAGCCGAGAUAAUGUACGACUGGUCCCAGUCCCAGGAAGAACUGCAGGAGUAUUGCAGAUGCUCUGGGAUUACAUAUGUGGCUCUUGUGUCAGAUAAAGAGGGAAGUCAUGUAAAGGUGAAAUCCUUUGAGAAAGACAGACAGACGGAGAAAAGGAUUUUAGAAUCUGACUUAGUAGAUCACCUGAUCCAGAAACUGAAAACUAAAAUCUGUGACGAAAGAUGUAGUAGAGAAACCUCAGAUAAUCUUUCAGUACCAAAUCAAAAGGGAUCCUUUACUAACAUUUCAGGUGCGUUUGAAUCACAUGGAACUCUUGUUGUACCCAAUGUUAGCGUUAUAGCUCCUGAAAAAUUAUCUGCCAGUGCCAGGCGUCGCCAAGAAAUUCAGGUGCAAACAAGACUUCAGACAUUCAUUUCUAGCCUGCAACAGAAAACAAGUGAGAUUGAGAUUUUAGCAGUAGAUCUGCCAAAAGCAACUGUGAUACACUUCUUAUCAUUAGAGUUUGAUGGAGAUAGACAAGCCUUUGAUGCUACUGUGAGACAACUGGUGUCACGAUGGCCGAAACAGAGAUGUUCGUACUUACAAGCAAUUUGUGAUGAAAUUUACAGUAUCAAAAUGGAAAAGAGGGUUCCUGCGCUUAUCCUGUACAGCUACCGAGAUGAAUACAAGGUGUUGUUCUAAUGCUUAAAGCAUCUUUUAUGGGAUGCCUUUACUAACAGACAAGUGUUUUGUCAAAAGGAAUUUUAAAAAGCUGUAAAAAGUUGACAGGCAACUAAUGCCUUUUUAUGUGUCCAGACGGAAUUUCAUGUGUAAUAUAAAACUGUAAUUUUUUGUCAAAAAGUGGAAAUAAAUGUUUUAUAGGCACUUAAGGAGCAAGUCUUGACUACAGCCAGAGAUAGGUUUUAUCACGUGAUUCUUGCCUCCUUAUGCCACAAGAGAUUAUCAGCUGUGCAGGUAUAAAACUGCUUGUUUUUUUUAAAUAGUUUCAGAAUGUCUUUUAUGUGAACAUGCAACAGUAGUACUGAAAUGAGGAACUCAGUUCAAGGUUUAAAGAGGAUGAAUUAUCUUCAGCUCUAAAAAACUUUUAAAUUUUUUUGAAGAAGGGUUUUUAUGUAAUAAAAGGUCUGGCUACUGAGCUGCCUUGAAAUAUGUAUUACAA